UCGUUCGGGAACGGACGUGGCUGUUCCAAGCUCUCCCUGCCAGUCAGUUCGUACCGCCGGCGGUGACACCCUACCAAGUAUGAGCACCGAGUAACGCGACUGUUACUGUGAAAUGGAUACGUCACCAAAAGCGAGUUUAACAUUUGCUACUAGUAUCAUCAGCCGAUGAUGUGCUGCAGCAGCAGCAGUGGCUCGCUGUCCCGUCUCAGCAUCACGGUGGGUCUACUCUCCUUGGUUACACUGGUCACAGCGUUUGUCAGCAACGUGUGGGUAUUCACACGUGAGCCUGUCACUCUCCCCAACACCCACUCCUCGACCACCAUCACCUUCAAGAUUGGAUUCUGGAGAGCCUGCCCCUCCGUUAAGAAAGUCAACAUUACUGGGCACAUGCCGUCACCCGCCUGCCAGCUGAUCAAGUACUCUCCAUGGGAUGAGAUUUACAGCUCAGACUUGGGUGUUCUCUGGGCACCGCUAGAGUUUACCCCUGCUUUUGUCUCUAAAAUGAGGUUCUCAAUGCCGUUCGCCGCCAUGUCACUGGUGCUGACCUUGGUUGCUUCCAUGUUCGCGCUGAUGGGCCACUGUAACUCUGACCACAAAACUCUGGUUGCAUGCGGCCUUUACACAUUGGCAGGACUUACCUUGGCCAGCGGUCUGGUGGUGUUCGUGUCGGUGCUGAGUGACGCCUACACAGAGCGACCCCCAAGGCCCGCCCCCAGCCCGUACCACUACCACUACGGUUGGUCCUUCUUCACGGCGGGAGUAGCAUUCGUGCUGUCCGAGGUGGCUGCACUGCUUGCGAUGACAGCGUAUCUGAAGCGGUUUCCCACAGUGGAAGACAUGGUUAGGACCAUGGUACCCGGUGCCGACCGUCGGCUCCAGGAGAGACAACUGUGCAAGGAGUUCCUGGUGAAGAGGGCCAACAACCCAGACAUGCUGAGGAAGUCGGAGUCGGACCCUAACGAGCAGGAAGGCUGUGACGGUCCUCUUCUCACCAACAAGACACCGCCGGACAUUUGCUCCACAAACAUUCUGGCCGAGGAGAAGAACUUCCACCUCGCGGCCACUACAGUCCCUAUCACCCUCAUGCACAAGAGGCCACCAAACAGUGCCUAUCCCGGGCAGCCGAUCACGUUCCAGUUCCCGACCUCCAACUUCCCGCGGUACGCUACCAUCGGUAGCUGCACCAUUGUUCACCAAGGGGUCCUCGGAGUUUCCGAAGGCACCGGAACUUCCUCCUCCUCUGGGUCCUCCGCAUCCUCGGCCGGAAUGGUGACCUCCUCUGGAAGUUCUGUGUGCAGUAGGAAUUUCCAAUCCUUACCCAGGACAAGGAAACACUCCACCCCAUCCACACUGAAUACGAAACGGAGUGGCUCUCCAUCCAGCCUCAGCCAGGGUUACUGUUCCGGCGGCACCUCUGGCCAACCUAUCAUCAUUCAUUCCGAUGAGGAGAUCGUGUAAUGUGUCUCUAUCACUACAGAUGUGACAAUUAAGUGUAUCUACAGGGAAAAGUUGUUAAGAGACAAUCAAGUGUUAUUGCUGUGAAUACAUUAAAAGUUUGUUACAUUAACCGAUGGAAGUGUAACAAAAUAUUGGGGUUGAACAUGAAUCUAUAUUAUUGAAUUUAAUAGUAAUUGUAUUUAAAUUUGUAAGCAAGAAUUGUUAUUUGCUAUGUGUUUGAUGGGUAAUUUGUAUUAAAAUAUGUUUUAUAAAUUGCA